AUGCAAAAUAUCGAAAAUUUCACGUUUUGCAGGUAUCCAUCUCUUGGCACACGUUUUGUUCAUUCUUCUGAAGGAGAUUUGCUUGUUUCGAGAUAUGUUUUAUGUCCACAUUGUAUUCGAGAUGCUGUUAAAAUGAAAUCAUCUCGAAGAUCACAAGAUGAUGCUGAAGUUAAUACACACAUUAUUUCACCGACAAAAAUGAAAGAAUCAAAAACAGUUGGAGAUAUUUCGAAAACAGUUAAAGGAGUUGUUCAUUGUUUUGUGAUUGAAGAAUGUAUGUUAGCUGGAAGAGAAUAUGGAUGGUUAGAAUGUCCAUCUCAUAGUGGUUUACAUAUGAGAGAUAUUGCACCAGAUACUGUAUUUGCUGAUAUUGAUUUGAUACAAAAUGAACAAGUCAAACGAGGAAGAAUGUUAGGAAGAGGAGCUUUUGGAUUUGUAUUUCGAUCAACAAUUCGAUUAUCAAAUGGAGAACUUUGUGAAAUUGCUCAAAAAAUGUUAGAGCCAGUUGAUCCAGGACCCGGAGGAAGACAAAGUGCAUUAGCUGCAUAUAAAGCAGCUGCUGAUAAAUGGAGAAGAGAUUCGCUGGAAUUUGCAUGUCGAGCAUAUUGUACUUCUAGACAAGAAUAUGGCUUAUUGAGUACAAUGAAACAUCCAAAUGUUAUCGGACUUGUUGGGGUAAGAACUUGAAAAGGGUACAUUUUUUUUAAAUCAAAGAAAAACUUUUUGGAAUUUUCUAUAAUGUUUUCCAAACUUUGUGUUCUCAAUAUUUAAAAUUGAAAGGUUUUUUUUUAUUUAAAAUUCGAAAUAAUUUCAUUUUGGAGUUUCAAAAAAAUUGAAAAUUAUUUCGAAAGAAUGGACCCGAACCCUGUUUUUCUUAGGUAUUAUGAAUUUCCCUAUAAAAAUUAAUUUUUAUUUUCAGAUGUGCACAUCUCCUUUAUCUUUGAUUGUUGAAUUAGCUCCACUUGGAGCUCUUAAUCAACUUCUUGCAUCACAUCGAAAAAGUGGAACAAAACUAUCAUUAGGUGUCAUCAAAGAAUCAGCUGUACAAGUUGCUCGAGCUCUUGAAUAUUUACAUUCUGCUCAUAUUAUUUAUCGAGAUUUGAAAUCGGAAAAUGUUCUUGGUUGGCGUUUUCCAGCACCUUUUAGUCCACAAACUGACGUCCUUUUAAAAUUGGGAGAUUACGGCAUUUCAAGAUCAGUUCUUCCAUCUGGCGGAGCAAAAGGUUUUGGAGGAACUGAAGGAUUUAUGGCACCUGAAAUUGUUCGAUUUAAUGGAGAAGAAGAAUAUACUCAAAAAGUUGAUUGUUUUUCAUUUGCAAUGUUUUUAUAUGAACUUCUCACUUUGAAAUUACCAUUUGAAGGAGAAGAACAUGUAAAAGAAAGAAUGUUAGAUGGUGCUCGACCUGUUUUACUUCCACAUGAAUUACUUCUUCCAACUCCAAUGUUAGAUUUAUUAGUUCAUUGUUGGUCAGCACAUCCUGAAAGUCGUCCAUCUUCUUCUCAACUUGUUGGUUUUUGUGCAGCUCCAGAAUUUACACAUCUUUUAGAUGUUUGUGAAUUAAAUGGUAAAAUAUUUAAAUUUCUUUCGAAAUAUGAAUAAAUUUUUCCGUUUUUUUCAGAAGCGUUGCCACCAACUGAAAUUCUUGCUGUUCCAAUAUCAGAUGAUGUCGAUUCACCAGAUGAUUUCGAAUCUCAAUUAUGGUUAUCUGGUCGAGAAAUGACUGUUAUGAGUUGUACACAGUAUGGUUUCGUCGACACAAAAUCCAUCAAUUUUCCAUUUCGCGCCAAAUUUGUCAGCAAAAUUCGAGAUUCGAUUUGGUCUUGCGACGAAUGUGGACAAGUUACAGUUUAUGGUAUCAGUUUACACGAAACUGGACAUUUACAAUUACCAUCGCUGAAUGGAACAUUUGUAAGUUUUUUCAUAAUUUGUUGGAUAAGUUUGCAAAAAAAUCGAAAAAUUCAAUUAGAAAAAUGGCGCAUUCUUUCUCCCUCUUUCUGUUUGAUACUAUUUCGCACAACCCGUGAAAUGUCGGGGGAGCAUUUUUUUAGAAAACUGAAUUCGGAAUGAAAAAAUAAGCUCAUGAAAUUAAUUGUGAGAUAACCUACAAAAAUAACAGACUUUUGCUUUUCAGAUCCGAGCCCCGGAAUUGAUAACAUCUGAUGUUCUUCUUCUUAUUUCGGAUAAACAAAUUGUGCUUCUUCGCCUAACAGAAAAUAAUUCAGUAACAUUGCUUGGAACUUUUGAUAGUCAACAUGAAAUAAAAACAGCUGUUUUUCUUGAUUCUGGUUCAACUCGACAAAUUUGGACUGGUCAUUCAGAAGGAAGAAUAUCAAUUCAUCACAUUGCUUCAAAUGAUUCAUUUUCGUUUUCUUCAAGUCUUUAUCUUCCUGAUGAAGAUUGUCAAGUUCGACAAAUUAUUGGAUUAAAAGAUGGAAGUCGAGUUUGGAUUUCAAUUGAAAAAAGUCCGAAAGUUUUGAUGAUUGAUGUUGAAAAAAGAUUGGUUUGUGGAAGUUUGGAUAUUCGAAAAGUGAUGCCAGCAAGUGAAACAAUUCAUACAAUUGAUAUGGAAAUGGCUAAUCAAAAUACAGUAACAUGUUUGCAAUUAUUAGAACGAAAUUUUGGAGAUCAAUUAUAUAUUGGUACUUCAAAAGGUCUUAUUGUUGUUGCUCAUGCUCAAACGGUAAGUUAAAGAGAGAGCAAAACAUGAAAAAUUUAAGAUUUGAAAGCGUUUUUUUCCAGCUCCAACCUCUAUCAGCAUUUCGGCCAUAUGAAGCAGAUAUUUCUUCAAUUUGUAUAAUUGAAGAAAAUUCAAGAGAUGAUGAAAGUAUCAGAGGUCGACCAACAACUUUAAGCACAGCUUCUUCAACAGAAUCUGGUCUUGGUUGGGUUCGAGAAAGAGUUAGUGAAACAGUUGAUAGAUUUCGAGGAACUUCUGGUACAAUCGAAGGCGGUUCAUCAUCAUCUUCUUCAAAUAUUUCAAGUCAAAAUUCAUUGCUUGUAUCAGUUGGUCGACAAUUUCGAAGUCUUUCUCAUCGAUUUGUCAACGAUCACAAAAUAUCCGAUGUUCAUUCGAUUGCAAUUUGGAGAACUGAUGAGUGGAUUAUUUAA